AUGACACCAGCAGUGCACAUCGACGACGCGCCGCUUGAGGGUGUCCCUCUCCCUGUAUACCCCUUGCCCUCAAAACCCUUCCCGGUGCAGCCGCCACCGAAGAUAGCUUCUGGAUUCGCACCCGUCAUCCCCCUUGACAAGAGUGGGAAGCCUGUGCGACGGUGGCGACAGGUUCAUCGGGAAGUACGAGGUAUUGCUGGAGGCCGCUGGUUCAUCAAGAACUGGGUUGGGGAGAAAGAGUCCGACUUUGCCACAGCCGUGGCCGCAUCCCAAGCGGCCGCCUUGAGUGCUGCCGGGGACAGUGCCUCUGUCGCGGGUCUAACGUUGCCGAAGCUGUCUUCUGUCUCCGUUUCCGGCCGCGGUAGGGGAAGAGGUGGGAGGCUCGCUCACGACUCCUCCCGCGCUGGGUCCGCGAUGCCGGACACCCUCUCUGCGCAGCUCGCAAAAAAGCGAGGCAGUGGUCCCGUGGGUGAAUCUGUAGCAUCUACACCGCCUGCAUAUGCGGCGGAUCCGAAGUACAAGAAGUACACUCAGCAAGUGGAGAAGUGCUUAAAUUCAUUCGAGAGUGUGCACGAAUGGGCGGAUUUCAUCGCGUUUCUGAAGCAGCUGCUGAAGACCCUCCAAUCCUACCAGCAGUUCAAGGAAAUCCCGCGCAAAGUUGUGGUCUCCAAGCGGCUUGCACAAUGUCUGAACCCGGCUCUACCUAACGGAGUGCACCAAAGAGCGCUGGAUGUAUACUCGCAUGUCUUUGCGGUUCUCGGGUCCGAAGGCCUGCAGCGGGACUUGGCUCUGUGGUCGUCCGGCCUGUUCCCCUUCUUCGAGUACGCAUCUACUGCCGUCAAGCCCACUGUCCUCAAUCUAUUCGACACAAAUUACCUGCCACUACAAACCGGACUUCGCCCCGUCAUGAAAGCCUUCAUCCUCGCGUUGCUGCCCGGGUUGGAAGAGGAAACGGGAGAGUACUUCGACAAAGUUCUUGGACUACUGGACCGUCUUGCCGGCACGAUCUCGCAAUCCUUCUUCUUCCAGAACAUCUGGCUCGUCAUGCUAACCACGCCGCCUGCUCGCGGGACAGCAUUGACAUAUCUUGCGAAGAGACUACCCCCAUUCAAGGCGGACGAAGACAUCACCCCGAUCGUGGGCGACGACAUCGGACUCAUGAUUCGCGCAUUCUCCGCCGCGCUGGAAGACGACGACUUGCUCGUGCGACGAGCGGCCUUGGACAUCUUGCUCCAGUCGUUACACAUCGACGGCAUUGCUGUCAAGAAGGCGCAAGAAGACGACCGGGCUAUCCUCAUGCGCGCCGCCACUAGCGUGGUACUGCGUCGUGAUCUCGCGCUAAAUCGUCGCUUGUUUGCUUGGUUGCUGGGGCCGUCGGAAAGUAACACGGCGCAGCUUGAGUACUACAAAACGCAUUCUCUGGGUCUAUUAAGUUCCACACUCAGGAACGAGAUGUUCUAUCCUUCUCAGGAGUACUCACAAUCCCGGCCGUUCAAGAUCUUCAUCUCAUUGCUGGAUAAAUAUGAGAUCGGGCUUCCUUUGACUGAAACUCUCGUCUACGACGCCCUCAAGAGCCUUAGGGCACUUCUUCAGUCCGGAACAGAUUCUGGUGAUGAUCUGUCUAUGACCGGCAGCACUCUCUAUGAAGCUGUUGAACCGCACGCCCUAUGGAGCCGUCUUCUUAGCGUCGUACUAUCUGACAUCACUUCCGGACAGCCUAACGGCGAGGGAUGUGGAAUGGUCCAGUAUCUCCUCCAACGAUUCCAUGCUCAUGAUGAGGAAAUUGAGAUCAUCCAUCUACCUGUGGUCUUCAGUGCCAUCACUAGCGUCAUCACCAUCCCUCAAGGCGCCCUCAAGUCGCGGCCCGUUCUACCUGGCCAGGCGGAGUCUCCACAAUCGGAUGAGGAUGCAGUUAUCUUUGCGUACAGGUUCUACGGCAUCAAGCUGGAGCCUCCUUCCGUGAACGCAAAGCGUUCCGACAUCCCAUUCGUUGUGGCCUUCGAAGAUGUAGUCUCCUUGAGCAGUGCCGCCGCGAACGGCCUCCUCGAUGGACCUGCAGACCCCCGCCUUGCUCGGUCACAGCGCGAUGUUCUCCUGCUAUCACUGUCCCUCUUGGAUAUGCUACUGAGUCGACAAGAGGACGAAGGAGAUGUUACCUUCGCUGUCGACUGGAAUCCUUCUGGUUGGCUUUCUACGUUGCUCGCCUGCCUAGCCCAGACGAACGUGGCCUUCGUGACUGUGGACCGCUUCAUCACAGUUGCGACCAAGAUUCAUCAGAGAAGUGCGCUGCAGCCAGGUUUCAAGUUGGACCAGCGUGUGUACAUGGUACCGAUGAUCAACGUCCUCCUCAAAUAUUUGCGACCUUCCUACUCCGCAUAUCAUAUGCGUGCAGUGAACCUCAUCUGGUCAUUGGAGAGGCUCAGCAAGCAACCGCACGUCGAGGCAGUCAUCUCGCAAAGUCUUUCUGCUACACAACCCGCUGAGCUGCAGGAUGCUUGCGAGGCGUUUGGCGUCCUGUGGAGAUUGACUGAGGAUAGCACACUGCCCGGUGUGCACCUCAAAGUCCCAAUGAUGACCUUGCUGGAGACGCUUAGAAGCGACGACCCCAAGCUACGUCGUAUAGGCGAGACAUGGAUGCGAUGCAGCCUGAAGUCCUACUUGCGCGUGCUAGACCCCAUCCUCUUCGACUUGUUUGAUCCCACAAUCCGGUAUAGUCCAUCGACAACGGAGCUGAGGGGCAAGCAACUCCAAGGCUUCGUAUAUGACCGCCCAUUCGAUCAACGAUACGUCAACUAUCUGCUGGAGACCCUAUUUUCCGUCGUCAAAUUCGGUGGCCAGGGAUUCAGUAAAAUCGCUAGGACUACGCCUAUCAGCCGCUCAUUAUAUGGCACCCUUCUCCAACGCUUGCAGAGCGUGAGCGCCACAUUCCCAGAUGCGACUUACAUGGACAUCAUCGUCUCGCAGCUGCUUAUGCGAGUUCUCCAAUCCGAACCGAAGUCGUCUUUGUUACCCACCAUGCAGCCCUUCCACAUCGUGACCCAGAACCUCUCGGUGGAUCUCCUACAAGCACUUGUCGCUCGUGGCGAAGUGGACUCAAUCACACUCCAGUCAUUAGAGUCAGCAGUAGUCCAGAAGCUGUACUUCUGCGUCCACACCGGUCGUCUGGAUCUGCAGAACAAGCUGCUGCACCUCCUCCACUCCGUCAUCACCGCGUCAAUCUCUGAGGGGCGUGUAGCUGCGCAGGUAGAACGUGGCGCGGAUGGUAUCAGUCUCCAGGACUCACCAAUCUCAAGACGAGAAUCCCAUGCCGUCCACCCGUUGCUAGUUCAAACCCUUGUCGAUGGUAUCUCCACGCCAUCGAAUCGGUCUCUGCUACAGCAUUGGCUGGACUUCAUCAUGAUGACGGUGCCCCAGUUCAAGGAGACUCUGAGGGCCGUCGUCACGCCGCUUUCCGACUGCGUCUGCAGACAACUACGGCUAGCACUGGGAGAAAUCCUGGAGGCCUCGGCGGAGGGGUCCCAGAGCGACGACAUUGUGUCAUACACAACCGACGCAGACUUCCUCAUGCUACUCACGACUCUGGAGCGUCUCACCCUCCUCAGCAUGACUCGCGUGGCUGGAGAACAACCACAGGAGGAGGAACAAUCGGCGGAUCGGAGUACGCAAGAGUCAAGUGGGCUUCUCGGUUAUGUUUCGAACGUCUUCAGUUCGGAGGGGGUGACCAGCGCGAACGAGGAUCCUUCUCUGACGAGGUCUUCAGAUCAUCGUUGUCUGCACAACGCCGUGCGCGUGCUGUAUGCAAUGUGGGACAAGCUGAGCAUCCCACAAGACGACCGGUGGGGAUCGCAAGAGGAGUCCCUGGUGUUAAUCUACGGCCGUGCAAAAACCCGCACCAAACGCGUCCUCGAACACCUUUUCCGGGCACAUUCAUCCGAAGUCCUGGAAGCCGUGGUCGACUGCUGGCACGACCAAGUUCUUGCGAGACCAGACAGUGUGGAGACCUCAACGGCGUACGACCUCGUCGACGUCCUCACGACGAGCGCUCAGAACGCUGUUCACAUGCUGUGUGAGAGCAUCUCAUGCCGAACACCCGGCCUCUUGGAGCGCACCAAGAAGACUACCGCGCUAGCCGAUCUGUCCGACAUGACCUUGUUUGACUUCCUCGAGCAAUACAUGAAACGGUUGGAGGGUCCCCUAGCACUGCAAGUCUGGAAUCGCUUCCUCCAGCUAGCAAAGGACCUGCUCGUGUCUCUGCGCGAAUUCCGCCCACAAGCGUUUGCAGCUCUGAAAUGUUUCACUGUUCUUGCGGACAAGGUAUCGCAAACGACAGCACUGGACGAUCGUCGGCUUCGCAAAGACCUGCAGGAAACAUAUGGCAAAUUGCUUGAUAUCUGCGUGUUAUCGGGCAGGUCUGUGGAAUCCGGCUCGUGGAUACGAAGAUCACAACGAGAGGCCCUCGCCGCCAACGGCCGAGAGUCCCCUUCACCCACGUUGCGAGCUCCGGAACCCAAGGUGGACGAGAAGAACGCCAGCACUGUGUCAUUACCUCUCCCGGAAGGCGCAAAGUCCAGCUUCGGCGGUGACGUCGCCCAGCAAGUUAACGUCUACAUUGCGUCCGAUGCACUACCCAGCCUGCGGAAGUUCCUUGUGGAUUCGGACAAGAUCCUGGCGGCGUGCAAUCAGAUCGUCUACAACAUCGUGAAUCCUGCGCUCAAGGGGAAAGCACGACCUCUGGACCUAGAGGAAGACGUAGUGGCUAUCAUUCGCGAGAUGGCGAAGAUCAGCGUCGCUGUGAAAGCGUGGCGCACACCAGUCGCCGAAUCGCUCAACGAUAACAGGUGCUUCAACUCGACCGCAGAAUCCGGAGAGCAAUGGAUGCCAAUGAUCAAGUCCUUCUUUGACACCGACAGGACCGCACUGCCAGAACUGCUAGGCAAGAUCACAACCGCACCUUCGGCUAAUAUCUUCACGAACCGAGAGUAUGAGAUGCUGCUCCGAUCGCUCAAUCUUCGGCGACUGUCCUACGUCAUUCUUUCCGCGGAGAAGAACCACUUCCUUGCGCACCUUCCGAGCAUCCAGGAGAAGCUUGUGGACACUCUUCGCAACGUAUCGGCACCGAUCGUUCAGAGCGAGGUCUAUCUCUGCGUCCGGGUCUUGCUAUGCCGUCUAUCACCGCACAACCUGUCCAGCUUCUGGCCAGUGAUCUUGACCGAGCUUUAUCGCAUCUUCGAGCAGAUCCUCGACAAUGUCCCGGGCGAUGGCUCCGAAGAACUCGGCCUGAUACUCUCGGCCUGCAAGCUGCUAGACCUGCUUUUGGUGCUGCAGACGGAGGAGUUCCAGAUUCAUCAAUGGAUCUUCAUCACGGACACCGUCGAUGCGGUCUACCGACCGGACGACUGGUUCCCAGAGGCCCUCCUGGACCGUCUCGCCGAGGUCGUUGGUGCGCUCCCAGCCGGCGAGGCCAUGACACCUUCCGUCCCGAGCAAACCAAUGCGUCGGCCGAUUCUGCACACCCUGCGGCAGAUCGACAGCGUGCGCGACCUCGUGCCGUUCUUCUCCUCCGCGAGCAUGACGUCGUACGAGAGCGUGUACCACAGCGGUGGGCUCGUGGACUGGCAGGCGGUCGAGCGCGGUCUGCUUGAGGACUUGUUUGAGGGACGGUGA